AUGAUCUGUAAAAUACGUACUUUAUUUAAAUAUAUAUUUAUAUUGGGCAUUCUUCUUUUAUUAAUUCAGUUAGUUUUACUUCAAAAUGCCAAACUUUUAAACGAAGAUGAUAAAAAUAUACCUGUGAUAUUGUGGUGGACACCUUUCGGUAAUAACGGAUUGACCAAAAUAUGCGGACACAAUAAAUGUUAUUUUACAUAUAAUCGUACAUACGAAAAUAACUCUCGACUAAAAGCCAUUUUAUUUUAUGGAAGUAAUUUUCAAAUUAAUGAUUUACCAAAGUGGAGAUCUGCAUUUGUGCAAUGGGGUUUGAUCCACGAAGAAUCUCCUAGAAAUAAUCCUAUAUUCGUACACUACAAAGCUUUAAAUCUUUUUAAUUAUUCCUCAACGUUUAGUAGAUUCAGUAAUGUACCACUUUAUUCCAUCGAUCUACCCAAUGAAGAAGAACUAUUAGGAAAGAAAUAUUUUGUAUCGACUAAAGAAAAAACAGAUUUAAUCGAAAACGAAAAGUUAGCACCAUUAUUGUAUAUUCAAUCGGAUUGUAAUACUGCAAGUAAUAGAGACUCAUACAUUUUAGAAUUAAUGAAAUACAUUAAAAUCGAUUCUUAUGGUUCAUGUAUAAAUAAUGCUCGCCUAAACGAAAGGUUAAAAAGUAAUUAUUUAGAUAAAUUAAAUAGCAAUGAGUUUCUAUCGUUUGUGGCAAAGUAUAAAUUUACAUUAGCUUUUGAGAAUGCUAUUUGUAAUGACUAUAUUACAGAGAAACUUUGGAGACCACUUGUCGUAGGAUCUGUACCUAUUUAUUAUGGAUCUCCUUCAUUCAAGGACUGGUUACCAAAUAAUAAGUCUGCAAUUUCAGUAUUAGAUUUUUCUGAACCUAAAGAAUUAGCAAAUUUUCUAUUUCAUCUUUUAAAUAAUGAUAUUGAAUAUGAAAGAUAUUUAAUUCAUAAAAUAGGAAGAGAAGAAGAAAGAUUAACGAAUAAACGAUUAUUAGAUGUAUUGAAAAAGAAGUCUACGAAAGAUGCACAUAAUUUCGGUUAUUACGUAGAAGAAUAUGAAUGUUUCGUUUGCAAACAAAUACAUAAUACUCAAAUUAAAGAAGAAAUAAGUAUUGUUUCGAAGAAACAUUAUGAUUGCCCUUUACCAAUAAAUUUAUUAUCAGGUAAAGCCGAUGAAAAUAAUUUUUGGGUAAAUCAAUGGAACUUAGAAAAAUGUGGGGCAAAAUUGUUAGAACAUUAUGUAUUAAAUAAUAUAACUAUUGAUAUUAAAAAGUAUGAUAUUGAAAAAUUUGAAUUAUAUAACAAAAAUAAUUGUUAAAGAAUUAUUCGUAUAUUAAUUAUGUACAAAUGAUGACUGCUUUAUUCAGUAUAAUAAAUUUGAAUUUGAUAAGAAAGAAAGAAUAAAAUAAAGUUCCUUACGGUUGAUGCUUGAUGAAUGAAAAUAUUUCUAUUAUUUCUGUGUCUUGCAAAACAGGAAUGUUUUAUUUUAAGCCUGUAUUGAGAUCUGUGUAUGUAAUUUUGUGUUGAUUAGAUCAUUGCUCGAAUUAAUUAGACUUACAUUCAAAUCUGUAUAAUGUUAAAUCGUAUAAUAGAAAAUAAGUAAUUCACCUGAGUAUUAGUAUUUGUAUAUUAAAAGUAUCUAUUAAUUUGCAAAUUUAGCCUGUAAAACUGGUGCAGGCACUUUCAUUAAUUCACACAGAUGAUUUCUUAUAGGCCUUAAUUCAGUAACUGAUUGUUCCCAAUCUGUGCCAUUUAAUUCUGUCAAUAUACUUCCUAAGUCUUCCUCGGAUAAAUCCAUUUCUUCUCCGUAAAGCGUUAAUGCUUCGUAAGUACGUAUAGCUGUUACUUUGCGUAAACAUUUAUAUUUGUGGCAUAAAAAUAUACUUAAUUGACAAAAUGCCCUUUUUCCUAUAAAGCCAUGCACCUAUAAAUAAUCAAAUUUAUAAGAUAAUAUUAAAUUGUAAAUAUCCUUUUGAAUAAUAAUCAUAAUUUUAGAACGAUUUAUUAACAAACCUGCAAAAGUUGACAAAAAACGUUUAUGCUACUAAUUAGCAAUUUUGUGCUGUUUGUAUAUUUUAUUUCUUGUUUCAAUAGCAAUAAUAUACGUUCAGGUAUAUCACUGUCUGGAUCAUCUAAAAUUAUUUGUAUACACCCUGAACUUAAUAAUCUAUCCAAAAAUGCUAAAAUUGAAGUGAUCAUUCUUUCAUUUUUAUGGCUCUCUUUGAAAAUAUUGACCAUUUUGUCACAUAAAUCUCUCAGACUUUUUUCAUCUAUUUCUUUCAAAUAACUGAAUAAAGCCACACUAGAGUACUUCACCUAUAUAAUAUAAAAAUUAAAUAAGAAAAGUAGUUUUGAAUAUUUAUAAUCUAUUUUGUUGUAUUACUUACUAAAGAUUCACUUAAGCCACCAACACUGAAUAUAAUUCCUCUCAAAAGAUUCAUAGUAUAAGGUGGGAAUUCCAACAUUUUUAUGAAUCGUGGAAAUGUUACCGAUUCCAUUCUCCAUUCUAUAUUAUUUUUACAUUCGCUCAAAGGAAAUAUAUUUUUAAGUUCAGAAUGAUACGGUAUAUUUGGAAGUGGAGGUUCGCUGAUGUACGAAGAGAAAAGAAAAAGAAUAUAAUUGUUAUAGAAUUAUUGAAUGUAAGAAAUGUGUAUGACUGACCUAUGAAUAAGGGCACUGAAAACAAUGCCAGCCUGAGCACGAAUUCCGUCUAUUCUUUCGACAGCUUGUUGAGCAAUACCACCAAUAAUAUUUGUCAUUAAUGAUUCAUUUAGCAAAUAUAAUAAGUUAGCUUGUAGAACUAAAUUAGUGAGCACCUUAAAAGAAAGAAAAAUUAUUUUAACUGAUAUUAUUAUUAAUAAUAAUAAUAAUAAUAAUAAUAACACAGGCAUAUUAUAUUGUGCUCACGUGUAAACCAGUCAUAGCUGCUUCUCGUACCCAAGCACCUAUAUCUCCACGGCUAUCUAUCGUAUAUUCCUUUAGAGCAAAAAGAUAACAAUUAUAUAUUUGAGGAGCGAAUACUUUCCACACAUCUGUAAAAAUUAUAAAACAUUCUUGAGAGUACACUAUCUAAUUUUCACAUUAAUCAAUUGUUUAUUAAACACACUUACCUGCCUCGUUAAUAUUUAACGUUUGUAUUAUCAUUGUCAAAGAAUGUAAUGCUUCUUUCCUACUCUCUGCCCAUUUUAAUGUAUCAUCUGAUAUAGUUGUACAUUGAAUUAAUGCUUCUAUAAUAUCCUUUACUCUUGACUUUUUUAUAAAAAGAGGAAAAUGUCCUAUCAAAAUAGAAACUGUAUAUAUCCGUUUGCUACGCGUACGUUAACAUUUGAAUAAAUCUUAUUAUCUCACCUA